AUGGCUCAUAUAGCUGCCUGUAUGUUCGAUGGCGAUGGAGAGUUCAGUAGCCUCAGAAGUUAUAUAGCAAAUGCUUUCUCAGCUCAAGCUUCUACUGAAUCGCUAUCAUCUACAAGUUCGUGCGAGGAGAAGAAGCCAUUUGUCUGGAGGAUGCAGAACCCGGAGACUCGGAAAUAUCAGCUGUUCCCAAGAGAAAAACAGCUUCCAUCAGCUACUAGUGGAAAGCAAUUAGAUCCGGAGCAGGCCUUCGCGAUGGCUAUGGGACAGACGGACAAGGCCUCCGUGGGCAACGGCCUCCGGAUGCGUAUCAAGGAACACAACUUGAAUCGGAGGAGGAAGAUCAGCGUACCCGAGUUAGGCCCUAUGACGACGGUACAGGAGGUUGCGAUGGAUUCACCAACGAUUCCGGGCCGGCCUGCUUUGCAUGAACGAUCCAUUAGUACUCCUGUCAACACUUGGCGCCAGCGUCACGUCUUAGAGUUUACGACGACCUCCGUGAAAGAGUGUCCGGAGGAGAGCCUAGAGGAUUUUAAAAUCAGAAAUGUACAGAAGUCUACUUCAGCUCUAAAGCAACCGCUUUCUCCAAAAGACCUGGCACCCUUAACGAUACCGACGCAGAGCGGUCCGAUUCCAAGACUAGCCCGGCAGCUUUCGUUAAGCCGACUUAGAUCUAGGGAUACGCAACAGGAGCCGACAAUUCGAUUAACACGAACUGAGGAAUCACCGAAGAUACGUACUCCAUUCACACCUGCUUCGAGCUCGGUCUCAGCCACGACCCCUAUGUCGGCGACUACCGUUAUGACCAACUCGACGCUCCCGACACCGCUAUCGGCGCCUGCAGAAUACCGAGGUUCUCCAAAGCCGUGGGACAGGCUAGGUUCAACCACGCCUAUAGCCACUAUGCAGCAAACCAUUGAUCCCAUGGCGACACCAAGGGUAGAGCCUGAAACACAAUCACGAGCUAACCCGAGUCCGUCUCAUAGACGUGGUCGAUCCGACUCUGGGAGCAUCAUGGAUCGCGGACGUCCACGAAAGCGAAGUGAUGGCACACCAAUUGGUAGUUUUGGUAAUGGUAAUGGCAAUGGCAAUGGUGGUGGUUUAAAGCGAAGCAACUCUAAGAGGAGCGUCAGCGCUGAACGCCGUGCUUUCGAGAACCUACCUCAGGGAUGGAAACCCAGCGAAGCGGUAAACAACAUCGACUCAUCCGAAAUUGCUUAUUUGCAAAAGCAAGCCUUAGGCCAAACCUUGAGGUUUGAAGUACUUAAGAAGGAUGAUGUCGAAAACCUCUCCAAGGAACUACGCCACCUCGAUGAGCGAACAGAGUAUCUUCGUCGCACGUAUACAUCUCUUCGUGCCGGGCGCCGAAACCUUCACAGCCGCAUUUGCCAGUACUUGCGGUCACCUCGUGUCGCUAAAUUUAGCUACGAGUCCAUGUUAAAGCAGGAGGAAACUCUUGCCGAGCUUGACGCUUCAAUUGAUGAUUGGGUUACGAAACUCGAACAGGCUGAAAACCGACGGACUCGUGUUAGACAAAAACUCCUUGAGCAUGUUGCCGCCGCCUCCACGCUUUCGGUAGUUAAAGACAUCGGCGUCACAAGCGACGUUCUUCAACAGGUCAUGGGUGUUCGGCUAGCUAAUGGGACUUCGGAUAUCUCAACGCCACCUCGGAGCCCAACUAAGAAUAAUGCUUCUACUCAGUCUCAGUCCCCAUCCCCAUCGUCGUCACCACAGCGCGUCGUCGCCCGAGUACCUUCGAUGAUCCCCGAACUACCAUGUGAAGAGGCGGAAGACGAUGUAGCGAACGGCAACCGAAAGAGUUCGAUGGAAUCCACUCUACAGCGAAUGGAAAGCAUUCGCAUUUAUGCCGACAGCGAUGUCUACGCUCUCCUAGCGGAUGUCGAGAGUGAAUUUACCAAAUUGAACGUCGGUAUUGCAGACUCGGAACUUACUGGAUCACCACGAUCAGAGGAGCAGCGUAUAUUUUUGCAUCGCGCCCACAGCCAUGAUAUUAUCAGCAACCAGCAUUCGAAAUGUCUUAACAAGACGCCGCCUACCUCGCCCCCUGCACCUGCGCCACCGAUGAAGAACUCGCCCACCAGAGAGCGAGCUGAUAUUUUCUUAUCCGCCGCCGUUUUCCAGCCGGAUCGAACCCCUUCGCCCAAUUAA